AUGUUUUCCGUCUUUGUUUUGACGCUUCUGGCUCGUGCCAUUGUCGCCCAGGGUUUCCCCGAGACUUGCCCACCAGUGGCACCGUAUAAUCCAAAUGCCACUCUUGGCGUGUGCCCAACAGAUUUCACAAUCAUUGGACCUGAACUUGAGGCUGUUCAUGAAAGUGAAAGUGCGCCAACGGGUUUUGCUGUUGAUGACAGCCUGGGCAUCUACCUGACAUACCCACGCAACGCUGGAGCAACGCCCAUCAAUGUCGCCAAGGCCACGGGUUUUACGUCUGAAGAACCAUGGCCCAAUGCUGCCAUUCAGAAUUGCACCGCUGAUCAAGACCUCGCGGAAUGCUUUAUAAAUGUGCAAAAUGUGGUAUUUGAUGCAGUCGGCCAGCUCUGGGUCGUGGACUCGGGGAUCAUACCCGGCGCCAAGACGGCAUCGUCCCGUGGCGCCAAGAUCAUUUCGUUCAAUCAGACGACGGGAGAGACUAUACGGACCUACAUCAUCCCGGAUGAGUUCUUCUACGAUUACAUGAACGCCAAUGACGUGCGCAUCAACAACACCUUGGGUUUGGGCGGAUACGCCUUUAUUACGGACGAGUCGGCUUCGGGCUCGGUCCUCGCCAUCAAUCUCGAUGACGGCAGCGUCACCAGGCGGCUCCACAACACCACCGUGGUCAAGGCCGAUCCCACGUACGUGGGCUCGUACAAUGGCGAGCCCAUUUACAUCUGGAACGGCACGAUCAAGUCGUACGCCACGACGGGCGCCGACGGCAUCGCCCUGGCGUCGGGGAACGUGUACUGGGGCGUUCUGGCGUCGCGACGCUUCUACUACAUCUCCCAGGAGACCCUGAUCGACACCUCGCUGUCCGACGAGGACAUGCUCGCCGCGGUCCGGGACCCGGGCCAGCUGGGCUCGGAGCAGGCGGGCUUCACGGCCGACGACCGCGGCCGCGUGUACAUGCUGGCCAGCGAGCAAAACGCCAUUUACUAUGUCGACACGCAGCAGGCAGAGACCACCGAGGAGGUCAAUGGGACGCCGGCCGGCGGCACGGGCCCCGUCGCUUCUGAAAACUACCUUGUCAAGACCUUGGUGCGCAGCGGCCUCAUCCAGCAUGCCGAUUCCGCGGCCAUUCUGGAUGGUUGGCUGUACUUUUGCACAAACCAGCUCGAGUUGAGUCCCGGGAGGCAGUACAAGAAUAUCGACGCGCGCAAAGGGCCUUUUCGGAGUUACCGUACGUGGAUUGGUAGAGGCCCUGCUGUGUGA